GCUGAUCAAUCAUUUGCAACUAUAAAAUAUUCAGUUAGAAGAAUGUAUUAUGGAGCUUUAAUUUUAGUUUCAUGUGAUAUACCAGCAAGAAAUAAAAUUUGUGGAUUUUCUAGCCAUUCUUCUAAACAUGCAUGUUUUAAAUACAAAAAACCUUUUAAAACUAAUGAAACUUCAGAUCAAUCAAAUAUUGAUAAUUAUAAUUUACGAACUAUUGAAGAACAUAAAAUAAUAGCUGAGAAAUGGAAAUAUUCUGUAUCUAGUAAGCAUAAACAGUUGUUUGAUCAAUAUGCUUAUAAAAUGAUGAAAAUUUGGACAAUAGAAACUAAUUUAAUUUCAAAAAAUCAACUUAUUAAUAUUCAAAAUAUUGUUAAUAAUAGUCUACCACCUGCUAACAUUAGAAGAAUUCCACAUAAAAUAGCAUCUAAAUUUCAAAAACUAUACGGUUCUAAUAUAAUAACACCUAAUAUACAUUAUCAUUUACAUUUAAAAGAUGAUAUGUUAAAUUAUGGUUCUUGGUAUAAUUAUUGGUGCUAUGCUUAUGAAAGGUUAAAUAGACAAAUUGCAAGUUUUUAUACUUUUGAAAGAACUGUUGAAUUGGAUAUGCUUAAUUAUAUAAAUCAACAAAUUGAAAUUUAUAGACUUUUAGAUCAAAUAAAAUCAAUAUUAACAUCAACUGCACAAGCUUCUUUAGAUUAUUUACAAAAUAAACAAUUAGAAAAAGAAACAUUAACAAUAUAUAAUUAUACAAUUCCAAAAAUAAUAGAAUUUCAAUAUUCUAUUACUAAUAUUAAUUAUUUUGUUACUGGAUCUGAAGAUUAUCCUGGAAGAUUAAUUAAAUCUUUUUCUGAAGCAUAUUUAUCAAAUAAAAAUUUAAAAUUAUUAGUUGAUUAUUAUACUGAAAUAUAUUCAAAUGAUAAUCUUAAAUUUUAUACUGAAGGACAAGUAUCUAAUGUUUCAAAUUCAUAUUUAGUUUCAAAAAGAAUUAUAAAAGCUA